AUGACCAUAGUCCAGUUGAUAAACUCCCGGAAUGCGAAUGUUGCGAUGCUAGCCCUCGCUUUGCUCGACAUAUGCGUCAAAAACUGCGGAUACCCGUUUCAUCUCCAGAUCAGCACAAAAGAGUUCCUGAACGAACUCGUUCGAAGAUUUCCCGAACGACCGCCUAUUCGACCAUCGAGAGCGCAACAGAGGAUCCUCGAAUCGAUUGAAGAAUGGAGACAGACGAUAUGUCAGACCUCAAGAUACAAGGAUGACCUCGGAUUCAUCCGUGACAUGCACCGUCUUCUCCUCUACAAGGGUUAUAUGUUUCCUGAAAUCCGUCGUGAAGAUGCUGCCGUUCUGAACCCAAGCGAUAAUCUCCAAUCUGCCGAGGAGAUGGAAGAAGAAGAGAAGAUCGCUCAGUCCGCAAAACUGCAAGAGCUGAUACGAAGAGGGAACCCGGAUGACCUUCGAGAAGCCAACAGACUGAUGAAAAUAAUGGCAGGCUAUGAUACUCGACAUCGGACGGACUAUCGAGCAAAGGCGGCAGAAGAGGUCUCGAGGGUUCAGGAGAAGGCUAAGCUUCUUGAAGAGAUGCUGGAGAAUUUUAAGCCUGGAGACAAGUUAUCAGAAGGAGACGUUUAUGAGGAACUGGCCAGCGCUCUUCAAAAUGCACAUCCUAAAAUACAAAAAAUGUGUGAGGAUGAGUCUGAAGACAACGAGGCUGUAUCGAAACUAUUAGAAAUAAACGAUAGUAUACACCGAACGGUGCAAAGAUAUAAGCUGAUUAAGGCCGGAGAUGUAACUGCGGCAUCCAACAUACCUAAAGGUACUCUGGGGACGAGUACGGGCGUUAAAAAGAAUGCUGCCAACGAACUAUCUUUGAUUGAUUUUGGAGGCGAGGAAGAGCAGGUAUCUGCUGCUUCCAACGGUAGUACAGCCCUUAAUCCCCCUGCUGCUUCCACGCUUGAGGGUGACUUACUGGGCCUUUCCUUCCAAGACGAACCUCAGGGCCAGGGAAGUGUUGCACUCCCUCUAGGACCAGCUGAAGCACUGCUGCUUACCACUGAAGAAGGCUCUUCAUCGGCUUCCCUUGCGAAGUCGCCAUCAAUACCUUCUACUUCAACGCCUACGCCUAGACCAUCUGACCCAUUUGCUGCUAUUACGUCGGGAGGGUCAAGGACAUCAUCACCGUUUAAUAAACUACAGAGCUCAGCUUCUUCAAACGCCGCAUCUUCGUCAUUACUAGAUUUAGGCCAGCUAGCAUCUGGGCCACCAGCCCCAACCCUACAUGCACCAUAUUCGCCCCAACAAUCCAGCCAGUCCAAACAAGUGACGCCAGCCCAGACAUCUGACGCAGAUGACGAAUGGACCUUCUCAUCUGCUCUUCCAGAGGAAACUCUACCCUCACAGAAUACCAUCGAAGUUCUCAACGCCACCAUAGGAAUAAAAAUGCAGGUGAAACGCUUUCCUGGUGAGAACAAAAUACAUGGCCUUGUGUCAUUCUCUAACAAUACCCCUCACGCUAUUUCAGAACUCCAUUUCCAAAUCGCCAUUGAAAAGGUACAAGAAGCCGCCUCCCUGUUUCUGUUUUCUUGCUUGACAUUAACCAACAACCCAUGGGCGUAA